GCUGCUUUUACUUGCUCUUCUCCAGCCUUUGCCUCGCUGAGCCGCUGCUGGAACGUUAUCCCCGCGAAGCCGGGGAGGGGUAGACCGCAGGCGAGAUGUAUGGUUUUGUCAAUCACGCCCUGGAGCUGCUGGUGAUUCGAAAUUACGGCCCCGAAGUCUGGGAAGACAUCAAGAGAGAGGCACAGCUGGAUGAGGAAGGGCAGUUUUUGGUCAGAAUUAUUUAUGAUGAUUCCAAAACAUAUGAUUUGGUUGCUGCAGCAAGUAAAGUCCUCAGCCUUAAUGCCGGAGAAAUCCUUCAAAUGUUUGGGAAGAUGUUUUUUGUGUUUUGCCAAGAAUCUGGUUAUGAUACCAUCUUGCGUGUGUUGGGAUCAAAUGUUAGAGAGUUUUUACAAAAUCUUGAUGCUUUGCACGACCAUCUUGCAACAAUAUAUCCAGGUAUGCGUGCUCCUUCCUUUAGAUGCACAGAUGCAGAAAAAGGGAAGGGCCUCAUUCUGCAUUACUAUUCAGAGAGGGAAGGACUCCAAGAUAUUGUCAUUGGAAUCAUCAAAACAGUUGCUCAACAAAUUCAUGGCACAGAAAUAGAUAUGAAGGUUAUUCAACAAAGAAAUGAAGAGUGUGACCAUAUUCAGUUCUUAAUCGAAGAAAAAGAAUCUAAAGAAGAAGAUUUUUAUGAAGACCUUGACAGAUUUGAAGAGAAUGGUACUCAAGAGUCUCGCAUCAGUCCAUACACAUUUUGCAAGGCUUUUCCUUUCCAUAUUAUAUUUGAUAGAGACCUAGUUGUCACUCAGUGUGGAAAUGCUAUAUAUAGAGUCCUUCCCCAGCUCCAGCCAGGAUAUUGUAAUCUAUUAUCAGUAUUUUCAUUGGUUCGGCCUCAUAUUGAUAUUAGUUUCCAUGGAAUCCUCUCACAUAUCAACACAGUGUUUGUGUUAAGGAGUAAGGAAGGACUUUUGGAUGUGGAAAAAUUGGAAUGUGAAGAUGAAUUGACUGGUACAGAAAUUAGCUGUUUACGCCUGAAAGGGCAAAUGAUCUACUUACCUGAAGCAGAUAGUAUUCUUUUUCUUUGUUCUCCAAGUGUGAUGAAUUUGGAUGACCUAACUAGAAGAGGACUGUACUUAAGUGAUAUUCCCCUGCAUGAUGCUACUCGUGAUUUGGUCCUUUUGGGAGAGCAAUUCCGAGAGGAAUACAAACUAACACAAGAACUGGAAAUAUUAACGGAUAGGCUUCAGCACACUUUAAGAGCUUUGGAAGAUGAAAAGAAGAAGACAGAUACAUUAUUGUAUUCUGUGCUUCCUCCAUCUGUGGCCAAUGAACUGAGACACAAGCGUCCUGUACCAGCAAAACGUUAUGAUAAUGUGACUAUAUUGUUUAGUGGCAUUGUUGGUUUCAAUGCCUUCUGCAGUAAACAUGCCUCUGGAGAAGGAGCUAUGAAAAUUGUCAAUCUUUUAAACGAUCUUUAUACAAGAUUUGAUAUUUUGACUGAUUCACGAAAAAACCCAUUUGUUUAUAAGGUUGAGACAGUUGGAGACAAAUAUAUGACAGUAAGUGGCUUGCCAGAACCAUGCAUUCAUCAUGCACGUUCUAUCUGCCACUUAGCAUUGGAUAUGAUGGAAAUAGCUGGGCAAGUUCAAGUUGAUGGAGAAUCUAUUCAGAUAACAAUAGGCAUUCACACUGGAGAAGUGGUCACAGGUGUCAUUGGCCAAAGGAUGCCACGUUAUUGUCUUUUUGGGAACACAGUAAAUCUCACAAGCAGAACAGAAACGACAGGUGAAAAAGGAAGGAUCAAUGUCUCCGAAUAUACUUAUAGAUGUCUGCGAACUCCAGAAAACUCAGAUCCACAGUUCCAUCUAGAACACAGAGGUCCUGUUUCCAUGAAGGGUAAAAAAGAACCAAUGCAAGUUUGGUUUUUGUCCAGGAAGGGGACAGAGGUAUGACUAACCAAAACAUUUUAUCAAAAUAAAAACAAAACAGAAGUGAUGCGAGGACUAAAUAUGGUAUGAGUAAUCAAAACAUGUUCAUCAAAAUAAAAACAAACUAAAAAAAUGAUGCAAGGACUACGUAUGACUACAUCAGGCUUUCUAGUUGCAAAACUGAAUGUCCCUUUGAAGAAAUGAGCCAUUUAAAAAUAUUGCUAUGUUAAUAUAUUUGCUCUCUUGACAGCCAAUUACUAUCUAUUAUAUAUUACCAGACUUUAUGUGUUUGUAUUUCAGGAAAUGUUUGAGAAAAUGCCAACUGAUUAACCAUUAAUUUUAAUCUUUUCCCCUCCUGCACUAGAAUUUGUAUUUAUUUAAUGGCUAGUCCUAGUGAUAUCAGAAUUUGCUGUUUUGCACAUUGUAGUCCAAAGCUCUUUUUAUACUGCUUAAACUUUAUAUUUGUUUUCAAAAAUGAUUACAUUUUAUCAUACUUUGCACAUAGAUUGAGGCCCAAUAUUUGGCACAGCCACAGAGCAGAAAGCAGUUAAAUCUACAUUAUUUUCAAGGAGUAAAAUGUGUGUGAAAUAAAGCUCUAAUCGAAUUUAUACAUAGUCUAAAAUGUUACUUGUCUGGAUUUUUUUUAUUAAAAGCAUUUAAAGUUCUGCCUAUAGGAAUAGUAUUUAUCUUAAUAUGUAUUUAGUAAAUUAAGGAUAUAGCAGAUUCACUUACACAGCUCAGCUAAAACAACUGCUGUUAAAUCUUUUGAUUGGAAAAUUUCAAGUGUUUUGUAUUUUGAUGGAUCAAAAUCUGAAAUUGUAGAUGGCUGGAUUCUUUCUAAUGCAGUAUGUAGGAUAUACUCUAUACAUGUUUCAUAUUUUAUAAUAUAUUUAUAUUUUAAAAAUCUCACAAAUGUGCUUAUAAUACGAUCUAACAUCUCUCUCUUUCUCUCUCCAUAUAUCUCUGUCUCUCUUUGAGACCUCUUUACUGCCAAGCAGGCAACAGUUAAUUUAUGUCUUUCACCUUGAAACAAACACCAUUUUUUUUCUAAAUAUAUUCUUUUUUACUUCUUUUUAUUGUUUAAUAGCUGCAGCAAAUGACAAAAAGGAUGGAUUCCGUGCCUAUUUUAAUUGCUUUGAUUUUUAAAGUUACUUAAUUUUAAUUGCUGAUGUGCUUUAGGUUUCCAUGGCUAGUAUAUAUAUAUUUUCUUUAAAGCCUGUCAUGGAUACUGUAAACAACAUGAGGUUCAGAACACAAAAUGGCAAAUUUGAAGUGGCAUCUUUUUCUAAUAAUCUGAAUGUUGGAAAUAAAAACAAGGACAGCCUUUUUCAGAGGGAAGUUUAAAAAUAUAAAAACAACAGCAAAAACUAACAAUCAAGAGAAAAGAUAAAGAAUAAGAAGUAAACAGGGAUGGAAAUGCAAAAAGGUAUAAAGAGACAGAAAGUAAACAAAGAUCUAUACAAUGAAUCCCUAGUGCCGCGUAACAGAGUGAGCUCCCGUUACUUGUCCCAGCUUCUGUCAACCUAGCAGUUCGAA